AUGGCACAGUACGGAUACGGUGGAAGGCCGAACCCCUUUGACCAACGCGACGAUGCUCCCUCAUACGGCGCCCCCAUGAGGCAGCCCCAGCCUCCUGCCGCCUACGGCCAGAGCGCCCCCUACGGCGGAGGCCGCGACUAUAAUCAGGCCCCCCCCAUGGAGGGCGGUUAUGCAGGCGGAAACGUCGAGAUGGCCCCCCUCGCUCAAAAUGCCGGCUCCUUUGCCGCCGGCAACCCCAACAAUAUUCUCAACGAAUGCAGAGAAAUCGACCGCGGCAUCGACGACGUCGAGCAUAACCUCGAGCAGCUCCGCAUGAUCCAGAAGCGCACUCUGGACGACGCCGACGGCUCCUCGUCGAGCGCUGCCAACCGCCAGCUCGACGCCCUCUCUUCAGAAACCAUGGCUCUCUACCGCAGCCUCACCGAACGCAUCCGAACCAUAAAGUCCAGUCCCGACUCGCGCACCCCCAAGAACAACCCUCAGGUCAGCCGCGUCGACCGCCGCCUCAAGGCUGCUAUCCAGCAGUACCAGCAGGUUGAGUCGCAGUUCCGCAAGCGUACCCAGGACCAAAUGGCCCGUCAGUACCGCAUCGUCCGCCCCGACGCCUCCGAGGCAGAAGUCCGUGCCGCCGUUGAGGACACCAGCGGCGGCCAGGUCUUUAGCCAGGCUUUGAUGCAGAGCGACCGCCAGGGACGGGCCCGUGCAGCCCUGUCCGCCGUGCAGGACCGCCAUGCCGCCUUGGUCAAGAUUGAGCAGCAGAUGGUGGAGCUGUCGCAGCUCUUCCAGGACAUGGACACCUUGGUCGUCCAGCAAGAGGCCGCUGUCAUGCAGAUUGAGCAAAAGGGCGAGGAGGUUGUCGACAACCUGGACAAGGGCAAUGAGGAAAUGGGUGUGGCCGUCAACACGGCUCGCAAGACGAGGAAGAAGAAGUGGAUCUGCUUGGGCAUUUCCGAUGCAGUUAUCAUCCUCAUCAUCAUCGUCGUCGUUGUGCUCAUCUACGUCUUUGUCAUUCGGGGGACGAAUGGAGGCGGCAACGACGCCAAGCCUGCCGGCUCAAGGCGAGCUUUAGAAGGAUUCCACGACUUAGGCAAGCGCAUGCCCGUCGUCCAAGACGCCGCGGAAAACGUGGCUCUGCUGGCGCGUCAGCAACUCCAUCUUCCUCCCGCAGCGCCAUGA